ACUUUUCACAUUUUAAAAAAAAUCUGUUUCAAGGUAAAGUUAUGCAGUGCACCGACCCAACCAACCAGAAAAUAACAAAGCAAAGAGAAAACGCAAUGCAUGCUGUUCCUCAAAUCACCCCUAUAAACCUCAUUCCCUCCUUUUCAACUCUUUCUCUUCACUCCUUUUCCAAAUUAUCUUCAAAACCCUAAACAAAACCGCAUAAUCCCCUUGUUCCACGUUAUCCUUAUGAUUCCACUCUCUGUUUUCGCUUCCUUUCGUCUUUUUCACUCUCAUUUCUGGGAGGAAUCGCUUUCCCCACACUCUUGUUAUAGAUACCGUGUUUCAGUUUAGCUUUGAAAAUCGUUCCCAGUCGACACUCCUCGCUGUGCUUCAAUGAUUCUCGAUUUCAAUAGUGUCGUAUUGUAACAUCCCCGUGGGAAUUUUGAUGGAGUAUUGUUAACUUAUUUUAACACCUGAAUCACUUAUUGCAUUGGUAUUUUCGUGAUGGAGGAUAAUGAAGUCGUUGAUGAUCAGAACUCAGGAUGGUUCCAAGUCAAAAAGAAGCACAGAAAUACUUCGAAAUUCUCUUUGCAGAGCUGGGUGGGGGGAUUGUCGGGGAAAAAUGCCUCUAACUCUCUGCACACUCAGCAUUCCAUGACUAAAACUGAUGACAAUUCACAUAGCCAGCAGAAAACUCAUCUUUCAAGGUCAGGGGAGAAUUUUUCACAGAACCCUGUCCCUGGGAGUGUUGCAAGUUCUAUUUCCGAAUCAAAUGAAAAAGAGGGCACAAACUGUCUUAAUACUAGUGUAGUUAGACAUAAUACUGGAAGUCAGAAAUCAUCUACAUUACUUACUAUGGAUUCUCAAGGUAAACAUGAAGAAGUUAGGAAAUUAGACCAAACUGAUAAGCCUGACUUAGCCCAGAAAACACGAUGGGGUGAUUUAGAGGAGGGGGGCUUGGCACUGCCCCAUGAAAACUUGAUUGGAGUUGGAAUCAAAUUUGGUAGUAUUGGAGAUGAUAGUUUACUUAGCUGUAGAAAAAAUGGGAAUAUUCCUGAUCCUUGUGAUUCAUAUCAUCCUCCUGAAAAAAACUUGACAGCAACUACUAUUGAUGCAGAGGCUGUUUCUGGUCAGAUCCCUCCAGUGAGAUGUGAAGACGAAAAGCUUGGGGAGAAUGGUAAAGAUGUUAAGAACAUAUCUUUGGAACAUUUGAACAUUCAAGAAACAAAUGGGGAAAGAAUUGGUCCAGAAGAUGAUAUAUUACACUGUGUUAUGAAAAAUGAUGAUGUGAAUAAAACGACUGAUAGUGCCAUUAACAAUGAUAUUUUGUCUGCCAAAGAUGCUACAGCGGUUGCAAAUCAAGUGCAUGCCUCUAUCAAUGUGGUAAGUGAUAUAAACAUUUCUGAAGUGGCAGAACAAAAUGGCAGCUUGAGUGUAGCACUUACUGCCCAGGGUACUGAGUCACAAGUGCCUGAAAUUGUUAAUGAUUCUGUGGCUUCCGCUGAAGUGGUUAGUGAUCCACAGGAUGAUAUUGUGGAAAAUGUUGUUUCAACCUCUCAUAAUAUGAGUUCUCUUGAAGAAGGUGGUUCCAAUGAAAGCAAAGAAAGGUUUAGGCAGAGGCUUUGGUGCUUUCUGUUUGAGAAUCUUAAUAGGUCUGUAGAUGAACUUUAUCUUCUUUGUGAGCUAGAAUGUGAUUUGGAGCAGAUGAAGGAGGCAAUUCUUGUUCUUGAGGAGUCUGCGUCUGAUUUUAGAGAGCUAAUCACUAGAGUUGAGGAAUUUGAAAAGGUUAAAAAAUCUUCUCAAACAAUUGAUGGAGUUCCUGUUAUCUUGAAGAGUGAUCACCGCCGGCCACAUGCUCUCUCAUGGGAGGUCCGAAGGAUGACAACUUCACCGCAUAGGGCAGAUAUACUAUCUUCAUCUCUUGAGGCUUUUAGAAAGAUUCAAGAACAGCGUGCUAGCUUGCAAUCCGGUACCACAGAAAAUGCCAUGUCUAAAUGUUUGACUUCUGAAUCUAUUGGCAAUAUGAACAAGUCAAGGGUCAAUGAUGGAACAGAUGAUGCCAAAUAUUCAGUGACAAAGUCAAGAAAGCAUGUUGGAUCUUCAGAUGCGAAGCAAGGGAACCCGAAUGAAAAAAAUCAUAGUAUUGAUGGAGGGAAACCCUUUGACUCGGUCACAGUGCAAAAUGGAUGUAACCCACCAGAAAGCAUAUUAACUGCAGAAGGUAAGUUAUCUAAAUUAUCUCUGUUGGAGAAUUCUUCUGCUUCUGCCACCACCAAGGGCAAAAGAGAUCAACUUGGAUUUGGAUCUGACAAGACACUUUAUAAGAAAGAUAAAGCACCAACAGAAGUUGUUAAUGAGAAAAAUGCCAGAUGCACAGAUAAUCUUAGGAGGCAAAUGCCAGUGCCUGAAAAAGAUAAGGAGAAAAGGAGUUCUGCCCCAGGAAAGUCUUUGAAUGCUUGGAAGGAGAAAAGGAACUGGGAGGACAUACUUUCAUCUCCAUUUCGUGUCUCUUCCCGUGUGCCAUAUUCACCAAGCCUGAGCCGAAAAAGUGCCGAGCGUGUACGUACUCUGCACGAUAAACUAAUGUCGCCUGACAAAAAGAAGAAAACAACUUCAGACUUAAAAAGGGAAGCAGAAGAAAAGCAUGCUCGUGCUAUGAGAAUCAGAAGUGAGUUAGAGAAUGAGAGAGUCCAAAAGCUUCAACGUACAUCACAAAAGUUAAAUCGUGUCAACGAAUGGCAUGCUGUCCGUCAUAUGAAGUUACGAGAGGGCAUGUAUGCCCGCCAUCAACGGAGUGAAUCUCGUCAUGAAGCUUUUCUAGCUCAAGUGGUGAAGAGAGCUGGUGAUGAAAGUAGCAAGGUAAAUGAGGUUCGGUUUAUUACUUCCUUAAAUGAAGAAAAUAAAAAAUUGAUGUUGCGUCAGAAACUUCACGAAUCAGAGUUGAGGAGAGCCGAAAAGCUUCAAGUGCUAAAAUCUAAGCAAAAGGAGGAUUUGGCAAGAGAAGAAGCUGUUCUAGAGCGUCGAAAACUCAUUGAGGCUGAAAAGUUACAGCGUCUUGCUGAGAUUCAGCGGAGAAAGGAGGAGGCUCAAGUCAGACGGGAAGAGGAAAGAAAAGCGUCAAGUGCAGCACGGGAAGCAAGAGCUAUUGAACAGCUUCGAAGAAAGGAAGAAAGAGCCAAAGCACAACAAGAGGAAGCUGAACUUUUGGCCCAGAAAUUGGCAGAGAGACUUAAUGAAAGUGAACAACGCCGUAAGAUUUACCUGGAACAAAUUCGGGAGAGAGCAAAUUUGAGGGAUCAAUCAUCCCCUUUGCUUCGUCGAUCAAUAAAUAAAGAGGGGCAAGGUAGAUCCACACCUACAAACAGCAGUGAUGAUUCUCAAACAAACAUUGUUUCUGGCAUUGGUUCUAGUCUUAGAAUUGGCAAUGUCACAUUGCAACACUCAAUAAAGAGAAGAAUUAAGAGAAUUCGACAAAGGCUUAUGGCUUUAAAGUAUGAGUUUCUUGAGCCCCUUCUUGGUGGUGAAAGUGCUAGCCUGGGAUAUAGAGUAGCAGUGGGUGCUGCUAGGGCAAAAGUUGGCCGGUGGCUUCAAGAACUUCAAAGACUUAGGCAAGCAAGAAAAGAAGGGGCCACAAGUAUCGGGCUAAUAAUUUCCGAAAUGAUCAAGUAUUUGGAGGGAAAGGAUCCCGAGUUACAAGCAUCUCGUCAAGCUGGACUACUUGAUUUUAUUGCUUCUGCCUUGCCUGCAUCUCACACAUCAAAACCUGAAGCAUGCCAGGUUAUGUUGCACUUGUUAAAACUUCUGAGAGUUGUGCUAUCUACACCUGCAAAUAGGAGUUAUUUCCUUGCACAGAAUCUUUUGCCUCCGAUCAUCCCAAUGCUUUCAGCAGCUCUUGAGAAUUAUAUAAAAAUUGCAGCAUCUUUAAGUAUUCCUGGCAAUGUCAGUUUGCCAUCAAGUAAAGCAUUAGUUGAGAACUUCGAAUCAAUUUCUGAAAUAUUAAAUAAUUUUCUGUGGACUGUUACUGCUAUUUUUGGUCAUAUAAGCUCGGAAGAAAGACAACUUCAGAUGCGAGAUGGCUUGCUAGAGUUACUGAUUUCCUAUCAAGUGAUUCACCGGUUAAGAGACCUUUUUGCACUUCAUGAUAGGCCACAGAUGGAAGGGUCUGCAUUUCCUACCCCUAUUCUCUUAAGCAUACAACUUUUGGUGGUUUUGACCUCCAGAUCUGGAAGAUUGAGUUAUAUUGACUGGGAAUCUUCCCUUGUGGCGAUGGAGCAGGAAAUUGGUAGUGAAGGGGCUAAGUUUGCAGAUGCUGCACAUUUUGUAGUGAAUAACUCCUGGGAAAAUUUCAAUCCCUUAUCAGUGACCACUGGAAGCUCAGUUGUGCAUUUACCUGAUGUCCCUGAGGACAGACCAUUGGAAGAAAUGAUUAAGGUGAACAAGAGUGAUGAAUCUAUUUCUAUUGGGAAGGACUGUGAAUUGGAGCAUGAUAGUUCUGUUAAAUUGAAAAAUGAUGAUAUGGAGAAGAUAGAUGAUCUAGAUGAAUCCAAGAAAAAUCAGAAUGGGGAUAUUACUAAUUUGUCUGUUCUCCAAAAGGAUGAGAAACAUACAGUGGUAAGCGUUACAGUACAGAAAAAUGAAAGAAUAUCAAAUUUGGCUCAGCCGGCAGUAUUUCUUCUUUCAGCUAUUUCUGAAACGGGACUUGUCAGUCUCCCUUCUCUUUUGACUGCUGUUCUUCUGCAGGCAAACAAUAGAUCAUCCUCUGAACAGGCCUCAUAUAUCCUUCCAUCUAAUUUUGAAGAGGUGGCAGCUGGAGUACUGAAGGUGCUGAACAAUGUGGCUCUUUUGGAUCUUGUAUUUUUGCAGCAAAUGCUGGCUAGGCCAGAUCUGAAAAUGGAAAUUUUCCAUUUGAUGAGCUUCCUUCUUUCUCAUUGUGCCUGCAAGUGGAAAGCUCCUAAUGAUCAGGUUGGUUCACUUGUGCUUGAAUCUCUAUCUCUUCUUGGUCACUUUGCAUUGUUUCAUCCUGGAAAUCAAGCUGUCCUUCGAUGGGGAAAGAGUCCCACGAUCCUCCAUAAGGUUUGCGAUCUGCCAUUCGUUUUCUUCAGUGACCCAGAGUUGAUGCCAAUCUUGGCUGGCACGUUAGUUGCUGCAUGCUACGGGUGUGAGCAGAACAAGUUUGUAGUUCAGCAAGAACUGAGUGUUGACAUGCUACUUUCCUUACUAAGGUCUUGCAGAAAUGCUGCGCCUGCAACCCAGCUUAAUUCAACCUUAGACAAUUCCACUACAGAUGAAUCUAGUGAAUGUAAUCAAUUAGGUACUGAAGUUAAAAAGCCUCAAGUGGACAUUCCUGUAAAAAAUAGUCGUUCAAAUGGCAAAGGCCCUCGGGCUUCCUCGGGAAAGAGUGGUGCUUCGGGAAAUAACAUAAAAAAUGGCAGAAUACGAAGCCAACGGGAUGGCAAAACAACCAAGAAUUCUGAAGAAGUGGCUCCUAAGCACGGCGAGCCGUCAAAUUUAAUGUUGCACUGUAGAUUUCCUCCCAGCUUCAUUGAUAAAGUAGAGCAGUUUUUUUCAGCGGAAAUUGCUAACAGGGUUGAUGAACUCUGAGGUUAAACAUUGUGAACUCAUUUUGAUUGGUAGUUUACGGAUCUUCACGCGUUAACUGAAUAUGUUUCUUUAUACGUGUUACACACUGCUAAUACAGCCACACAAACAACCCAAAAGCUGACGUCUCUGAAGAUUAACCUGUCGAGUUUUGCCACACCAAAGCUCGUAUCUCAGUCAAUGCCAAAAGUAUUGUACUUUCUGCGAAGUAAUAUAUUUAGUUCGAGACUUCGAGUUGAGUAUUUUUGUAAUAUAAAAACGAUAUAAAAGUGGCUGUUGAUAAUAGCCAUCGUUACCACUGCUGUAAUUAUAGCCAUUGAUAUGGUUUGGGGGGUAACAAUCUCAGCAAUCAAUUUGUCUUAUUGAUUUCAAACCUACCUUCCGAAUUAUCUUUUUAUAUGGUGAAUUUUACGACGUAUUUAUGAAAAUAUUUUGGAUAGUUUUUACUAUUUGCCCAGCACAGAUGAAAAGAAAAGAGUAAAGAGGUUACGAGCUAGCUUGUUUAAUGCAACUCAAUUUAUUUACAGGAUAAUCCACGUCUCCGCCAGCCUGUAAACGUGCACUAUACCCUAUCAUUACGAGGAAAAAAGGAAUAGCUGCAGUUUACGGGCGAAGUUUCUGUUCUGAUUUCUGAUCAUCCAUAAUACCAAGAAGACUGAAAAGUGGUCUUUAUAGCUAGAAAGCAACCAUGCAGCUUAAAAUGCUAACAAGUUAGUUGACGAUAGGGGUUUUUGUGCAUGUGGGUGUAGUUUAAAGAGAGGAUACUUUGCAUCCUCUGGAGGCUGCUUGUAAAGCCUAUUUUGCUUUGCUUGUCUGCAUGCUGCUCUACGUAUAAGGCCAGCUCUCUGUUCUCUUUACACAAUCAAACAGCUUGGAAACUAGAACUUGAAGACAGAAAAGUCUACACAGAUUUCAAUUUCAAGAAAUGGAAAAUAGACUCCACCAAAGAAGAGUGUCAUUUUCUGAUCCACAUUCAUCAAAACAUCAUGGGUCCAGUGGUAGUAGAAAUGACAAGGCUUGGAACUGGCUUCCAAGGAUAACUUCUCAUGAUGACUAUGUAAGAGACGAUGAGUACAUAGCUUCAGUUGCAGCUACAGCAUUUGCCAUUCAUUCUCUAGAAGAAGCGGAGUUACGUAACUUACAAAAAAUGAGAGAGCGCUCCAAAUCUUCAAGGCCACAAACUAUGAGAAGAGAAGAGAAUGACAUACCAAAGCGGACAAGUUAUGGGGAAACUUCCAUUAAAAGAUCAUUUGGACAAGACCCUAGGACCAAGGAAACUGCUUUUCCUGUUAGACGUCCAAGUGGUAUAUCACCUCCAACUUCAAUGCCUGUAUCCUCAGCACUAGGGUAUCAGAGGCAGCAGCAAGGGAUUCCAUUACAACACAAAAAGGCCAAAACCAGACCAAAAACUUGGGAAAAGGCCAUGAUAAAAAUGAUUCAAAAGCUGUAUGAGAAGAUGAAGUCCAAAAUUCUUUCCUGUGAGUUUGUGAAGAUGAUUCAGGUCAAAGUCCAGAGAGCAAUGGAAAUGCAAAAUUACCAGAAUAAGACAGCAAGGGAAGAUAUGAGAGCGCAGGGAGCUAGAGCAGGGUUAGAAAACAGAAGAAGAAAAGAGUCCGAGGUGAGAAAGAAAUCAAACAUAAAUAGAAAAACAAGCAAGGACCUUGGGAAAUGUUUGUGCUUCAAUUCUUAACAGGACGGUGUUGGACUCGAGAGUCUGAGAUGGAAAUAAAACAGCUACCAGCUAGGAAAUGUAAUUCUGUUCAAACUAUUUCUUCUACUGGCAGCUCAAACUGUUUUUAUUGACAAAUGCUUGCAUAAUAAACGAAACAUGCACUAACUGAUCAAUUAGUUUCAAGACCAUUCAAGUCA